CUAAAAAGUAAUGUCCGAUAGCUUCCCUGCUUUCAGACAAUGGCCGCCCUGGGCCUCCUCCUUCUAGUGGGCGUGCACGGGACCACAAUAAUCAGCAUCAAGUAUCCGGAGAAGCCAGCAGACGUGAUCGUGGAGCCACAGCCCGCCAAGAGGGACCUGAGUCUCAGCUAUGCGGCCACCAACAUUGACUCCAAGGAGGGAACUCGUGUCAAGACCAUCACAGUGAUCAAGAAUGUCGGAGGCAUACCUGCUUCAGCCGCUGCCGCCGCCGCAGAGGAAGUGGCCGCCCUCGGAGCUUCUGCCGGCCACAACCCAACGAAGCUGGCUAUCGAUCCGAAGCUGCACAAGAGCGAGGAGUGGGCCAAUGCCUUCCGGGACAACUUUGAAUCGUACGGAGCGCUGCCCGAUGUACCGGACAUUGAUGACCUUUUCGAGUUUGUGAACCGGAAGAAACCGCAGGAGGCAGAAAAGAAGCUGGAGGCGUCUCCCGAACAGGAGGACAAGGCUAAGAAAGAGCCCGCCAAGCCAGUGGCGGAAUCUACCACCAAGAAGGUUACAGCUAGUGAGCAAAGCGAUGGAUUAGCAGGGAGGAGGACUAUCCAGGACGGAGGCACGACUGGCAACGUCGAUAGCGACGAGGCGGUGGUGGAGAAGAUCAAGGGCGAUGCCGAGCUGCUGCCACACAUCGAGCAGGCCAACAUCCUGCGCCUCCAGGCUGCUCAGGCUCGCUCCGGGCUGCGCACCAAAGAGUCCUUGAUCGCCGUCAACUACUCCACACCGAUGCACCAGGUGAGCCAAUACUUCGACAACUAUGUCCAGGCAGUGCCCAAUGGCUACGACUACUCCAAGCCCUGCGGAGCUCUACCAGGCAACAGCAUCCAAGUAACCACGCCCUCGGGUCGCACCUACGACAUUCCGCAAAGCAAUAGCAGCGGUACUGGCGGCGGAAAUCACCCGUAUAUCGCCCCGGCGAUCUCAAAGAAGACGCAGAUUCCAGCAGGACCGCCCCAACCGGCGGUCCAGCAGCCUCCACCGCCCAACUACUCGUCCGUGAACUCUAUUGUGCCUCCAUUGGCCCAACAGCAGCCCCAACCUGUGCCCCAGGGCGUUCCCAACCAGAACUUGCCACCAACACCACAGCAGCCACCGAUAGUAACACCACCAAGCAAUGUAAACAUCCUUCCACCUCUUGGUGGGGGCACUGGCGGAAUCUCCACCAGCCAGCGUCCCUACGUGGCGCCUAAGCUGCGCAACAACGGCCUGGGCAUCAGUCGGGCUCCAAGCAGCACCCAGGGACCGGUCCUGUUUCCCCCAGUUACCAUACAACAGCCCGGUAUUCCGGUGGGAAAUCCUCCGCAGGCACCCAGCUUCCGCACAAACAUUUACGGUGGCGGCUCAAAUCGACCAAACACCUUGCGAUCGCGUGGCCUAAAGUAUUAAGCUCCUAAACUAAAGAUGCACAUUAAAUAGUAUGAUAAGUUAUCAAAAUUGUUAACAAAUAAGUAAGAUUUGAAGACUUUAAGCACUUGUUAGUAUUUUCCCAUUAUAUCAUGGACUAUAUGCACACCUAAUAAUAAAAGAAAAGAUAUUCAAACUAAUAGAAUUAAGAUUACGUAGAGAAGAGAAAAGCAAUAAACUUAUAGACCCGAACAUGAAUAACGAAACUUUCUAAAACAUUACGAGAGUGCGGGAAAGUCUGCCGACUGUCGCCAGGGUUGCCAAUACUUAAAAAUUAGUGUAACAAAUUUGGUUUCGGGGAUGGGUUUGGUUUAUUUACAAUAUUUGAUGAGUAAAUAAUU